GCGGGGUCUUCCUUGAAGCCAUCGUGUGUCCGUCUCCCCGCAUGCUGUACAUUGCACUUCAGUAGCAGCUCAACCGAGUGAGAAAUGAAUCAGCUGAGGGUUGGUGUACAUGGAGCAAGAUAUGGCGAUACUGCCUCUCGAAGGAUGUCCGGCUGCUUGCCAGAGGUCUCGUUCAAUUGGACAGUCACACGCGUGACGAACUUUCGCACGCCAGAAGAUGCUUGGAGAACGCUGACAAAUCAUGAACCAUCAUGUUAAUCUGUGACCGGCAGCGAAAGUGUAUACAAGAGAUGCACCCGAGAUGUCGAAUUGAGUAGGCCAGUGAUCCAGAGCUUAGGAACAAACCCAAUCGAAAUACUCAAGCAGACAAGUCGAGGGUCUAUACCGUAGCUAGAGGAAGGAGCUGAAGCGGGCUUGGCAAGGCAACAACUCCAUCCCUGCUCCUAUCUGACAGCGUCUCAACAAAACUCACGACUAUCAAUAUUAUCAUGUCGAACAGAGAGUCAAUUGAGGCGCAUAUGAAACAGAAGCGCGCCAGAUCGCAGUUGAGCUGUACAGCCUGCAGACAGGGCAAAUUGCGAUGUAAUCGUGCAACGCCAUGCGACCAGUGUACAAAACGAGGCAAAGAACCGUCAUGUUCAUAUCUUGCUCCAGCAGCCAAAUCGAGGAGCCCACAAAAUGUCAAAGGUCGCAUCCAACAUCUCGAGCAACUCGUAGUCGACUUGAUGAACUCGAGGUCAUCAACAAGUAAUGGGAGCAAUGCGACAAGCAACGGAAGGACGAACAGCACUGCGACUAGUAUAAGAGAAUCUCCUACUGCGUCGCAGACCGAGGCCUCCCAUUCCAAUAGUCACAGUUCAAUCGGAACGGACAAGGCAUACCCCGAGGUGACCCCGCCAUAUAGCAGUGAUGAUGGCAACUCACCUAUCAGACAACAUCCGCCCGAGACGUCACAGCUCGAAUCAUUCGGCCAUCUACGAAUAAGCAAGGAGGGCACCAGCUAUGUAGGGUCAUCUCACUGGGCGACCAUACUGGAUAGCAUUUCUGAGUUGAAACGAGAUAUAGAAGCUUCAGAAGACGAGGCUUCGGAGAAAGACUUUGACGCGUGGCAGAAUGAAGAACCGCUGGACAUCUACGACACGGGGCUUCCGGGACUACUACGCUCACCUAGAAGGGUCACAAAAGCCCAGUUGCUGUCAUUGCUUCCAGCGAGAAAGGAAGCAGACGGGCUUGUGUCGACAUGGUUCAGAGCCCCGCAUCCAUACAAGUCUCUUAUCCACGCUCCUCAAUUUCAGAAUGAAUAUCGACAGUUCUGGCGAUCUCCAACCAGUGCACCUGUCAUGUGGAUAGGUCUUCUCUACGGAAUGCUCGGCAUGGCAAGCCUAUUCAAAAUUCGUGCUCUGAGCAAUCCAAACACAUCAGAUGUGCGAGCUGCUAUAAAGCAAGCGGACAUUUACCACGAGUUAUCGGCCUCGGCUGCUGUGUUGGGAAACUACAUGACGCCCAAAGCAUAUACGAUUGAGUGCUUGGUGCUCCAUGUUGGAAGUAACAGGACGAACGACUUCAAUGAUAUGUGGAUUGUGAUGAGCGUCAUCUUCAGGUCGGCACUUCGAAUGGGAUAUCACCGUGACCCUAGUCACUACGGAAAUAUCUCAGUACUAGCCGGAGAGAUGCGACGGCGGGUCUGGCAUCUGCUUUACAUGAUCGAUACUCUUGUGUCGUUUCAGCUUGGCCUUCCCGCUAUGUUGCGCGGAGUGCAGAGCGAUACCAGACCACCGCACAAUCUGUUCGACCAGGAUUUCUCCAUUUCCAGCAAGAUAUUGCCAUCGUCUAGACCUUCUCAAGAAAUCACACCUUCCUCGUAUGGAGCUGCCAAAUUCAGGAUCUGUCAAGUGUUCGCUUUGGCAGCGGACAUGUCCCAUGCGACUACAGUGCCUUCUCACUCAGAAAUCAUGCACCUGGAUGCGAAACUAGAAGAAGCAAAAGCCGCCGUACCACCUGCACUGCAGUUCCAAGCCAUCGAAUAUUGUAUCACAGAAGAUCCGGAAUCAUUGAUGUGUCGAUUCAAUCUUGAGCUGCUGUACCACAAAACCAAGGUUGUCCUGCAUCGAAGAUUCUUGGUGGCCACAGCAUCUCAACCUGCCGAACCCUACUCUCGAGCUUCUUGUAUCGGGUCGGCCAUGAAGACACUUGCUCACCAUCAGGCAAUCUAUCGAGCUUCAGCUCCUGGUGGACAACUCGAGUCAGUUUCGUGGUACAUGUGCAGUAUCGGAACUCAUGAUUUCCUGCUGUCAAGUAUGAUCAUAUGUCUCGAGUUAUCGCGUCAACUCAACGAGCAAUCAGAUCCCUUGACGGACAAGAUCGCCACGCGUGAGGAUAUGAUUGCAGCACUGGAAGGGUCGAAGCAAGUCUGGGAGGAAGCUAGUGGGGAGGAUUGCUUCGAGCCCGACUUUGGAGUGGGAAGAGCAGGGCAGACAAUCGAGAACGCAGCCUUGACAGAAGUCCGGAAAGCAUGCAAAGCUAUGGCAGUAAUGCUGGAUAAGGUCAGGAAGGAUCAAGCUCAGGACAACAUAUCCGCCAUCGCGCCUUCAAACCCACAAAGCAAUGACUGGCCAGAUAUGACCAUGCCGACGACAAUCUCAGCCACUCUCCCAGCCGAUAACAAUUGGCCAGUAUUGAACCAAGGAUCAGUUCCAAACGAUUUCUCAGCUCUGGGCAACAUGAUGGAUGUUUCCAACGACAUCAAUUGGGAAAUGUGGGAUCAGCAGCUCUUCACUCAAAAUCAAACAGUGAAUCUACAACAGCCAGAUCAGUUCGCAUGGACAGUGGACGACAUGUUGGCAGCCAGUGCACCGGGAUUUACAGCGCCAGAUAUGAUCGCGAGGGGAAUAACUCAAUCAAUCCUUGCAGUAGGUUAA